AUGAAGUUUGGAGGCUCGUCUCUGGCGUCAGCAGAGCGCAUGAAGGAGGUGGCCAGCAUCAUCUGCAGCUUCCCUGAUCAGUAUCCCUGCGUGGUGCUCUCUGCAAUGGGCAAGACGACGAACCUGCUGCUGCAAGCGGGAGCUGAGGCGCUGAAGGUGGCACCGGGGAAUGUGCCCUCACUGGCGCCGCUGCGCACUAUCCGCGAGCUGCACAGGCGCACGGCCAGGGAUCUGGGCUUUGGCGCGCGCGAGGACAUUGAGAGUCUGCUCAGCGAAGUGCAGCAGCUGCUCGUUGGCAUUUCCAUCAUGCAGGAGCUGACGCCGCGUGCGCAGGACAGUCUGGUGUCCUUUGGGGAACGGCUAUCCACGCGGGUCUUUGCCAGCUUCCUGCGCUCCCAGGGCAUCGCCGCCAACCAGCACGACGCCUUCUCCAUCGGCAUGACCACCACGGAUGACUUCCAGAACGCCGAGGUGGUCUACCAGGAGACGCUCCCUGCCAUCAAGGCAUCCCUCACGCGGCCCCCCGGCGGCCCCAAGACCAUCCCCGUUGUCACAGGCUUCCUGGGCCGCGGCAUGAACACAGGGGCCAUCACAACGCUGGGACGGGGAGGGAGCGAUCUGACGGCCACGGUUAUCGGGGCGGCCCUCGGAGUGGAGGAAGUCCAAGUGUGGAAGGACGUGGACGGCGUGCUGACAACGGAUCCGCGCAUUGUGAGCGAUGCGCGGCCGGUGCCGCUGCUGACAUAUGAGGAGGCCUCUGAGCUGGCCUUCUUUGGGGCCACCGUGCUGCACCCCUCCGCCAUGCAGCCCGCGCUGCAGACCAGCAACCUGGAUGUGCGAGUGAAGAACUCCUACAACAGGAUGGCGGCGGGUACGCUGAUCUGUCGAGAGAGGGACAUGACUAAUGUGCUCAUGACGUCAAUAGUUCUGAAGACGAAUGUGACGCUUCUGGACAUCGUGUCCACCCGCAUGCUGGGCCAGUAUGGGUUCCUUUCAAAGGUGUUUGACGUGUUCAGGGACAAUGAGGUCAGUGUGGAUGUCGUUGCCACAUCAGAGAUCUCCGUCUCCCUCACACUUGAUCCCAGCAAGAUUUGGGACAGGGAGCUGAUUGAGGAGGAGAUAGAGGCGCUGAUGUCAGCCUUCUCAGGCUUUGCAAAGGUGUCCUGCACGCACAACGUGUCCAUCAUCUCCCUCAUCUGCAACGUCGCGCGCACCUCCAACAUCCUCGAGAGGGUGUUCCGAGUGCUGGGGAGGCAGGAUGUGAAUGUGAAGAUGAUGAGUCAGGGCGCGUCGAAGACCAACAUCUCACUCAUAGUCAGCGACAGCGAGGCCAAGCAGGUGGUGCGCGCGCUACAUGAUGAAUUCUUUGCAGCUUAA